GCCCUGGGCGGUAGCCAGCCUGAGCUACAUAGUGCGUUCCAGGCCAGACUGGAAUGGUCUCAAAAAACAAAGCAUUGGUGACUUUGGAGAAAGGAAUUCUGUAAGAGAUUUGUGGAAGAGCUGAUUAUUUUUUUGGAACCAAGAAGUUUGCUGGCAGGACAAAGCCGUGAUGAAGGGAAGUGCAUGGUAAACAAGAAGCCGAAGUGCAGAGGUCUGGGAGAAGCCAGCUUAAUGAGGGCAUCAUGGUAGGGCACCAGGUGUCAGAAAGUAAAAAGACUGAGGACCCGCUGUUAAGAGAAGGGAAGCCAGCUGGGGACUAGUAUAAUAGAAUCCAAACCUUACUGCAGGAGCUUCCUGUAUCCAAGAAAUGCUCAUUUAAACCACCUACAAAGGCAACACACUAUGAAGCUGGGAAGAUGCCGGAGCGUGAAGGAGUUUGAGAAGCUGAACCGCAUAGGCGAGGGCACCUAUGGCAUUGUGUAUCGGGCUCGGGACACCCAGACAGAUGAGAUUGUUGCCUUGAAGAAGGUGCGAAUGGACAAAGAGAAAGAUGGCAUUCCCAUCAGCAGCCUGCGUGAGAUCACACUGCUCUUGCGUCUUCGUCAUCCCAACAUUGUGGAAUUGAAGGAGGUGGUUGUGGGCAACCACCUGGAGAGCAUCUUCCUGGUGAUGGGUUACUGUGAGCAAGAUCUGGCUAGCCUCCUGGAGAAUAUGCCAACACCCUUUUCUGAGGCCCAGGUCAAAUGCAUCAUGCUACAGGUGCUUCGGGGCCUCCAGUACCUGCACAGGAACUUCAUCAUCCACAGGGACCUGAAGGUAUCCAACUUGCUCAUGACAGAUAAGGGCUGUGUAAAGACAGCGGAUUUUGGCCUGGCUCGGGCCUAUGGUGUCCCAGUAAAGCCAAUGACCCCCAAGGUUGUUACCCUCUGGUACCGAGCCCCAGAGCUGCUGCUGGGAACCACCACCCAGACUACCAGUAUUGACAUGUGGGCUGUUGGCUGCAUCCUAGCAGAGCUGCUGGCCCAUAAGCCCCUUCUCCCUGGCACUUCCGAGAUCCACCAGAUUGACUUGAUCGUACAGCUCCUGGGGACACCCAGUGAGAACAUCUGGCCGGGCUUCUCCAAGCUGCCACUGGCCGGCCAGUACAGCUUAAGGAAACAGCCUUACAACAAUCUCAAGCACAAGUUCCCGUGGCUCUCAGAGGCUGGACUUCGUCUGCUCAAUUUCCUCUUCAUGUAUGACCCUAAGAAAAGGGCAACAGCAGGGGACUGCCUGGAGAGCUCCUACUUCAAGGAGAAGCCCCUACCCUGUGAACCAGAGCUCAUGCCCACCUUCCCCCACCACCGCAAUAAGCGUGCUGCCCCAGCUGUCAUGGAAGGGCAAAGCAAACGAUGUAAGCCCUGACUGUGGGCCCAGCACAUCCCUGCGCCUCCUCGUGGAUCAUCAGUCAACAGACCUGAGAGGGCCCCUGCAGGCCAGACUACAACUCCAGGGUCCAGCCUGUACCUUUGGUUCUUCAGCUAACCAUCCUGCUUCUCAGCUGACUUCUUCCUGCUGUUUUAUCAGUGCACAGAUGCAGGCAGGGUGUAGAUAGGGUUGAUGGUGGAUGGGGAUACAGAGAGGCUGGGCUAUUGUAGCACCAUCCAGUGGUCUGUUUUUCAUGGUGGCCUUGUCUGGUAAUGAGUCAUACUAGUCAUGAAAUUCCCACUGGCCCCUCAGUAUAGUCUUGAAAUCGGGGCUGCCACUAGCCUAGAGUGAACAGGCCUGGGAGACCACUGUUCCUGUUUAGCCACUAGAGGCUACCCAGGACAGAUAGGCUGUAGUGACCCUGGGCAGGGCUGAUGGGUCUUCAGGUGAGGAGGAAUUGUAUGUGGGGCAUUAAGAUACUUCUGAGACUCCUAGAAAAAGAGCUUGCUGAUGUUGCGGAUACUGAUGCCCAGGGAGAGAAGUGACAGGCUCCCAUUUCAGGGCUAGAGAUAAAAAGCCUUCCAAUGACA